GUGGCCCGUCGCCGACCGCUCGCGGAAAACGUCCAUUUCAAGCCGUGUCGUUGUUGCUCACGAGGAUGAUCAAGCGACAAGCGUCCAAGUUCUUGCGGACGCCCAGCAUGGAGCAAGAAGAUGGCGUCGAUGAGGCCACGCGGCUUUUGGAAGCGACCCCGACAGUGUCCCCCUCCACUGCCACCUUUGUCGUCGACGGCCUUCCCGUCACGACGACUGCAACGCCACCGUCAUUUGGCCACUCGGUGUGGAACAUCCUCGUGGGAUCGUACGUGAACCUGUUUCUGGUGUUUGCGCCGUUCGCAGUGUGGUCCUACCUUGCGGAAUGGGGCGACAUUGCCGUGUUUGUGUUGAACUUCCUCACCAUGCUUCCGUUGGCAAGCAUGCUCGGCGACGCCACGGAAGCCCUCGCCUUCCACGCAGGUGACACGAUCGGUGGGCUCGUCAACGCUACGUUCGGCAACGCCGUGGAAGUGAUCAUCGCGAUCUUCGCCCUCCGGAACGGCGAAGUCGCGCUCGUCCAAAGCUCGCUCAUCGGGUCCAUGUUGUCCAACAUGCUGCUCGUGCUCGGGUCGUGCUUCAUCGCGGGGCACAUUGGCGGGGCGAAGGAGUCCGAGUUCAGUGCCCAGAGCGCGUCCGUGAACAUGUCGCUGUUGUUUCUGUCGAGUUUCGCCAUGUUGGUGCCGUCGUACUACCAGUACAGCCAACCUUCGUCCACCGUCGGGCCUUCCCUCUUGACCAACAACGACGAUGCCGUGCUCGGCCUCUCUCACAUCUCUGCCCUCUUCUUGAUCCUCAUGUACAUCCUUCUCAUGCUGUACCAGCUCGUGACCCACCGCGUGAUCCUUGCCGAGCGGGACGACGACGAAGAGGAGCCGGAGCUGUCGCUCCAAGGGUCCGUCGCCGUCUUGCUCGUCAUGACGCUGCUCGUGUCCAUCUUUUCAGAGUUCCUCGUGUCGUCCGUGGACGGGUUCACCAUCAACGCCGACAUCCCCAAACCGUUCGUAGGCAUCAUCCUCCUCCCCAUCGUCGGCAACGCCGUCGAGCACAUCACGGCCAUCAAGGUCGCGCUCAAGAACAACAUGGAGCUGGCCAUGGGCGUGGCCAUCGGCAGUGCAACGCAGAUCGCGCUGUUCGUCGUGCCCGUGUGCGUGCUCGCGGGGUGGCUCAUGAACGAGCCCAUGACGCUCGCGUUCAAUGCGUUCGAAGCCAUGACGUACGUCGUGUCGAGUGUGAUUGUGUACGUGGUCGUGGCCGACGGCAAGAGCAACUGGCUCGAAGGCGCCAUGCUCAUCGUGCUCUACUGCCUCGUGGGCGUCGCGCUCUUGGAAAUCACGAUUUAACCACAUAUAACCAGGUAGAAAAUCAUUUUAAAAAUGGCCGGUCGGUCCGUCGUGUGGCGGUCGUCGUAGGGAAUAAAAAAGACCUUUUGCACUUUAUA